AUGGCAGUCAACAAGGGCCCCACCUUGCUGGAUGGAGACCUCCCUGAGCAGGAGAAUGUGCUUCAGCGGGUCCUGCAGCUGCCGGUGGUGAGCGGCACCUGUGAGUGCUUCCAGAAGACCUAUGCCAGCACCAAGGAAGCCCACCCCCUGGUGGCCUCUGUAUGCAAUGCCUACGAGAAGGGCGUGCAGGGCGCCAGCAGCCUGGCAGCCUGGAGCAUGGAGCCAGUGGUCCGCAGGCUGUCCACCCAGUUCGUAACUGCCAACGAACUGGCCUGCCGAGGCCUGGACCACCUGGAGGAAAAGAUCCCCGCCCUCCAGUAUCCUCCUGAAAAGAUCGCCUCUGAGCUGAAGGACACCAUCUCCACCCGCCUUCGCAGCGCCAGGAACAGCAUCAGCGUGCCCAUUGCCAGCACUUCAGACAAAGUCCUAGGGGCCGCUCUGGCUGGCUGUGAGCUCGCCUGGGGGAUGGCCAGAGACACUGCCGAGUACGCCGCCAACACCCGAGCUGGCCGGCUGGCCUCUGGAGGGGCCGACUUGGCCUUGGGUGGUGUUGAGAAGAUGGUAGAGUUCCUCCUCCCUCCAGCCAAUGAAGAGUCAGCCCCUGCCCCAGGACUCCAGGAUGCCCAGAAACCUCCCAAGGCCAAGCCGAGCCUCGUGAGCAGGGUUGGAACCCUGGCCAACACUCUCUCUAGACACACCUUCCAGACCACAGCCCGGGCACUGAAACAGGGCCAGGCCCUGGCCAUGUGGAUCCCAGGUGUGGCGCCUCUGAGCAGCCUGGCCCAGUGGGGCGCGUCGGCGGCCAUGCAGGUGGUGUCGCGGCGGCGGAGCGAGGUGCAGGUGCCCUGGCUGCGCAGCCUCACGGCCGCCCAGGAGGAAAAUCACGAGGACCACACGGACACUGAGGGGGAGGAGACCGAGGAGGAGGAGGAGGAGGCCGAGGAGAGCAAGCUCAGUGAGGGAGCAGCCCGGCCCGACCCGCAGGGCCUCCUGGGCAGCGUGGUGCACACCCUGCAGAAGGCCCUCCAGAGCACCGUCUCAGUCGUGAUGUGGGCACCGGCGGCUGUGCUGGCCACGGCGGGGAGGAUGCUGCACCCCACGCCGGCCCAGGCCACUUCCUCAAGCAAGGGCAGGGCCAUGUCCCUGUCUGACGCCCUGAAGGGUGUUACUGACAACGUGGUGGGCACAGUGGUGCACUACGUGCCGCUCCCCAGGCUGUCGCUGAUGGAGCCCGAGAGCGAAUUCCGGGACAUCGACAACCCUCCGGCUGAGACCGAGUGCCGGGAGGCGGAGCGCAGAGGGUCCGGGGCACCGCCCGCCUGCCCGGAGCCCGCCCCGCGCCCUGCGCCGCCUCGCGGCAGCCUGCGAAACACUCGGGGCCCGGGCUCGGAGGAACGGGUGGACGCGGCCACCUUGCCGCGCGCCGCCUUCCCGGCCAUGUCCCGCGAGAAGCCCACGCGCCGGGUUAGCGACAGCUUCUUCCGGCCCAGCGUCAUGGAGCCCAUCCUGGGCCGAGCGCAGUACAGCCAGCUGCGCAAGAAGAGCUGA